UCCCAGCUGCCCCUGCUGCUGUUCACCCUGCUCAACUCUUUCCUGUAUCAGUGGGUGAGGGAGGGUCUCCGCGUGGCCUCCAGCCUGAUCGUCAUCUUCCUCCUCUUCUCCGUCACCGCCGCUCUGGUCCCGGUGCACAUGCAGCCAGAUACUUUCUUUUCCGUCACCAUGGCAACCAUCUGGUUCAUCAACGUGUUCAGUGCGGUGCUGCAGGGCAGUCUGUUCGGGAUGGUCGGCCUGUUUCCUCCACGAUACAGCACUCUGUUCAUGAGUGGUCAGGCUCUGGCCGGGAUCUUCGCUGCACUCGCGAUGCUGUUCUCCAUCUUAAGUAACGCUGAGAAAGACUCGGCUGCGUUGGGAUACUUCAUCACGCCGUGUGUCGCCACUCUGGGGACUCUGCUGUGUUACCUGCUGCUGCCACACCUGGAAUUUGCUCGUUUUUACCUGAACAGAAGUCAGUCUGAAAAGGAGGAGACGAUGCAGGAAAUCCUCAACAGUACAGACAAAAAAGUGUUGAACAACGGCAAAGACCUUGAGGCCAACGGGAUGCUCACCAGUGAGGCAGAAGAGUGUCAGGAGCGUUCCUCCGUCCUGGCUGUCUUCAAGAAGAUCUGGCUGAUGGCUGCGUGUGUGACGUGUGUGUUUGCCGUCACCCUGUCGGUGUUUCCCGUGAUCACAGUCCGAGUGCAGACGGUCUACACGGACAACGCCGCCUGGAAGAAAGUGUUUACCUGUGUUUGCUGCUUCAUCGUUUUCAACGCCAUGGACUUUGCCGGCCGCAGCACCCCGUCUCUCGUCCAAUGGCCUUCGAAGGGGAGCGUUCUGUUUCCUGCCGCUGUGCUGUCCCGUCUGCUCUUCAUCCCUCUGCUCAUGUUGUGCAACGUCCCGAACUCCAAUCUCACCAUCCUCUUCCGUCACGACGCUGCCUUCGUCUUCAUCAUGGCCCUGUUCUCCUUCUCCAACGGAUACUUGGCGAGCCUCUGCAUGGCCUACGCUCCACAGUUGGUGCGGAGUAAGGACUGUGAGACAGCCGGCUCUCUGAUGACCUUCUUCCUCGUUCUGGGUCUGGCUCUGGGAGCGUCGUUCUCCUUCCUGCUGGGAAAAGCGGUUUAGACGACUGGGACGAGCAGUUUCAUCCUGUCAAGUCAAAAAAAAUGGUGCUAAUUCAUAUGCAUCCAAGUAAAAGCACUUUGUAUUAGAACAAUUAUUCUGUGAGCAUCUUCAGAAUAGUGAAGGCUCAUAUUUGUGCACCAGUAUAAACACGUCUGCUUCGUUGUUUACAGAGCCCCUCAGAAAGCAAAGCAUUUAAAAAGAUAUUUGAAUGUGUACUGUUUAGUAAACUGACUGUACCUGGAUUAUUAAAGUUAAAGUUAUUAUUGUGAGAUAAAUAGAGUUUAUUAAAGGUAGGAAAGCGGCUAAACACAAAUGCACACUAAUCUGUGAGGUCAGAUGAAGUGUUUUGAUAUCAUUGUGCGAGCAUAAGCGUGCAUAAAAUUGUAUUUUAUUUUUUUACAACACAAAUUAUUUAUCUGUACCCUCCGGUACCCAACCGAAGCAGCCAGAAGUCUAAAAAUGUUGUCCUUUAGUGCCUUGCUUAAAGAUACACAACACAGCACUCCUGUUGGCUACAAAGAGCUAUCUGUGUCGACCAAUGAGAGCUUUACGGGUUAACACACAUAAAGGGAAAAUGCAAGUUACUGUAUUUAAAAUGUAUUUUUUGAUGUUUUGUUUGAAUUGUUUUGUCAGGGAAUUGUUAUUAUAUUUUAUUUUAUACUGUUUGUUAUUGCUUGUUACCAUUUUGUAAAAAAAAACAAUAAUAAUGUUUGUAUUGUUUUUUAAUGUGUGUUUUUUACCAUGAUGAUGCUGUGUUUUAUGCGAUUUUAUUAUAAACUAAAAAGUACAUUUCUUUUUGCUUUCAUAAUAAAAUAGACUAAAGUUUUA